CGGCUGUUAUUAUAAGAGAUAUUAUAAGAGUUAUUAUAAUUUAUAAUCUAAUAAGCAACAAACGCCUUUGCGGCAUCUGCCUUCAAACAACAUGGCCGCUUCGGGCUUCACGGGAAAGUCACGGUGAUGGACCCCCCCCACGGCUCCUCCCCGUUUCCCUCCGUGGAUUCGCUGAUUAAUUUGACGUCAAAGACUUCUCGGCCCCUGAUUGAUCCCUUUAUCCGUCAUCGCUGGCGCCUCCGUCCAAUCGCCGCGCUUCGUCCUUUUCCACGCAGUGUAGUGCGCCCGAUCUGACCCUCAGUCAAGAUGUCGGCGCUGUAUGUGUUCCCCAUGUGUGUCCGAGCGAGCCGGGGCUUCCUCCGGUUCAGAACCGGCUCCGGGACGGGUACGGGCUCCGGGGCGCCGGCCUGGAUUCGGGCGCUUUCCUCGGAGAAGUCCAGUGGCAGCGGCGGGUUAGCGCAGUCUAUCCUUCAAGAACGGCUGCUGCAAAAGCAGGGUGAGGGGAAGCCCCCUCCUGACUCGGACGGGACAGGGGAGCCCCGAGAUUCGGAACAUGGACAGCAGCAGGGAGGGGGCGACGAAAAGAAAGGGAGCCAGAACACGGCCUACGCCAAGAAGAUGGUGCUCAGGCUGGCAGGGGUGCUGGGGGUGGGCACUGCUGUCGGCGUGGUCUGUGUAUUUGGCAGCCAUUCAGUAGACGAACAAGGAAAUAAGAUUCCAGAUGAGUUUGAUCAAGGUAAGUUUAAUGUUUUAUGAUAAUAUUACAUUAUAGUGGUGCACCCACAUUGCUAAAAAAACUUUCCACCCAGAAUGACUCCGGGAAACUGCCUCAUUGUGAAAUAGCGAAGGGAGCGUUGGACUAAUCCCUUUCGUCUACCCCGAUCCCUUUCAUCUUGACGUGCUGCAGACUGUAAAUUUAUGUUUCAGCUCUCCCCAAACAUUUGCUUAAAGUUUACAAGCCUCACCCCUCCCAUUGUUGUUAUUAUAAUAAUAUUAUUAUUAUUAUUAU